UUCUGUUCAAGAACGCACCACAUCGUCCGCCUACCAGCGAACGCACGGAGCGGCUUUGUAGUCUAAAACACACUUUUAUAUGUCACAGUGGACGGCACCGGCGUCGCCCUGAAAGCCUUCCAAAUGAGUGACGGCGAGUGUGACUUCUUCUGUUUCUUCCGCUGCUGCUGAGCGCGCAAUCCUCGCGGCUCAGACAUUCCGGACGUCAGGUUGUCUCUGGACAGUGACGGAGAGGUGGAGCUUAUACAAGCCAUUCUAGCUAAUCAGAGCCACAGAGAUCCGACAGGUAGGCGUACAGUCUACCUGUCUGGGUGGUUGAUUCUGUCGACUGGAUGUCUGUGGACAUGAACAGCCAGGCGUCUGACAGCAAUGAGGAAGACUUUGGGGUGAACUCUGAAGAAGAAGAGGAGGAUGAGGAGGACGGAGGGGAAGAGGAGGAUCAAGGGGAUAUCGAAACCUACUACGACGGCGUGGCCGGCGAUGUGGAGCAACAGGGAGCUGACUCUUUUGAUCCUGAGGAGUAUCAGUUCACUUGUCUCACAUACAAGGAGAGUCAACGGGUUUUGAGUGAGGAGGUCAACAUUGUUGCUGCUGCGCUGAAGGUUUUACCGGCUGUUGCAAAGCUGAUCCUCGUGCAUUUUCACUGGCAGGUCUCACAAAUACUGGACAGGAAUAAGUCCAGUUUGUCCCUGGUGUUGUCAGAUGCUCUGGUUCAGCCUAGCAGUACUUCCAGAGCGGUCAUUGCCCCUCAGUCCCUGCAGUGUGGCGUGUGUCUCCAGCUUGUACGGAGAGACUCCCUGCUGGCGCUGCCCUGCCAGCACUCCUUCUGCAAAGCUUGUUGGGAGCAGCACUGCACUGUACUGGUCAAAGAUGGUAUAGGAGUGGGCGUCUCGUGCAUGGCUCAGGAUUGCUCCCUGCAAAUGCCAGAAGAUUUUGUCCUGCCUCUACUGCCAGGAGAGGAGCUGAAGGAUAAGUAUAGACGCUACCUCUUCAGAGACUACGUAGAGAGUCACUUCCAAUUGCAACUGUGUCCGGGUGCAGACUGCCCCAUCGUCAUUAAGGUGCAGGAGCCACGUGCGCGCAGGGUGCAGUGUAGUCGAUGCAGUGAGGUCUUCUGUUUUAAAUGCCGUCAGAUGUACCACGCACCCACCGACUGCGCAACCAUCAGGAAAUGGCUCACAAAAUGUGCAGACGACUCAGAGACGGCCAACUAUAUCAGUGCACACACUAAAGAUUGUCCAAAGUGCAAUAUAUGCAUUGAGAAGAAUGGAGGGUGCAAUCACAUGCAAUGCUCCAAGUGCAAGCAUGACUUCUGCUGGAUGUGUCUGGGUGACUGGAAGACACAUGGCAGUGAAUACUACGAGUGCAGUCGCUACAAAGAAAACCCCGAUAUAGUCAACCAGAGCCAGCAGGCUCAAGCCAGAGAGGCUCUCAAGAAAUAUCUCUUCUACUUUGAGAGGUGGGAGAACCAUAACAAGUCUCUACAGCUGGAGGCUCAGACGUAUCAAAGGAUCCAGGAGAAGAUCCAGGAGAGAGUGAUGAACAACCUUGGAACCUGGAUUGACUGGCAGUACCUUCAUAAUGCUGCAAAGCUUCUAGCGAAGUGUCGCUACACACUGCAGUAUACGUAUCCUUAUGCCUAUUACAUGUCUGGCCCACGCAAAAAACUGUUUGAGUACCAGCAGGCCCAGCUGGAGGCGGAGAUUGAGAACUUGUCGUGGAAAGUGGAGCGGGUGGACAGCUACGAGAGGGCAGUGGUGGGAGGCGAGGUCGAUCUCAGUGCCAGCGACAGAGGGGAGCUGGAGAAUCAGAUGCACAUUGCUGAGCAAAGGCGACGCACGCUGCUGAAGGAUUUCCACGACACCUGAAGCGCCAUUGAGACUGCGGAGCACCAGCAUCUCUUUUGUCCGUCCUUUCUUCUUUCCUACCUUCCCGCUGUUACUUGCCCCACUUAACGUUUGCUUCCUUCAGUGACCACACCCGGGCUGAAGUCCAGUGUCCUUUUUCCUUAUCAACAACGCUCAUUUGCUUUGUCACAUUCUGUCUUUCUCUCUUCCUUAUCUCACUCCUAAAAUGCUGCAAAGUCAUGAAAUGGCACGAUUGUAUCUCUUGCCCCACCCUCCUCUCAUGGUCUAUCACCAUGUUUCGGCUUUAACACCAUCACCCAAGUUAAACAUCUUGAUCAGAGCACACCGUUAGAUUCAGAUGUGUGUCUCAAAUACCGUUAAUGUCUAGCAUCAUACUGGUCCCAGACACACAAAAAGAUAGAAUAAUUUAAAAAAAAAAAAUAGAAAGGUCAAAUCAGUUUGUAAUUUUUGUCAACAAAGGUGUUACUACUAGUGCUGAGACCAUAAAGCCUAGUCGACACUUUGUGGCAGUUGUAUCGCACACAUUUACAUAUGACAUGUAUUUGUGUUUUCAUUUAGUUGGCUAAUUUAAUUUACAAGUAAUCCAAACCAUCUGUAUCCUUCUUACAUAACUUGGGCAAAAUGUAGCAUUUUAAUUUGCAUGGUACAUUGUUCACAUACAGAACAUAAUGCAGAUGAAUGUGUGUUGUUUUGUUUUGGGGAAUUUCUGGGCCACAAUCAACACACUUUACAUGUGAUUUUUGUCAUUGCCAAACAUAAAAUACUUUGACCACAAAUGCCAGAAAAAAAGUUGCUGGUUGUUAUGAUCUUGGAAAAAUAAAUUGAUCCUUAGAUGCUCUCUGCUAAUAUUACUUGAAACAGGGUGGGCAACCUACAAAGAAUGUGCCCCUUGAUCCGGCCUGCCACGAAAGUUUGAAAACAAAAUAAUAUCUCACAUACCGUGUUAUAAAAAGCACCAGAAUAUAAAUGCUCACAAGAAAAGAGUUCUUUUUAAUCCAUUAUGAUUGCCUGACUUGCAAAUAUACAAUCUUUAACUUUAUCCUGUGGAAUCGAUUCAGCACAUCUGCUUCACCGUUCUCAGGUGGAUAAAAUCCUUAAUUGACUCUGUGAACAAGUUCAAAGAUAACACGGCAUAGAGUCUGCACGCCGUUAACUGCUCAUGGCAGAUCAUAGGUGUAGUAGUUUUCAUUUCACUUAGUACAACAACACACAUGAGGCAUUCAGUCUGCCAAACAUUUAUUGUACUCCUUUCCCCUCAUUUGGAUGCUCUCCUCUCUUGUGUUGAUCACCACCAUUUCAUCAUUUUGGGGCUUUGGUUUUCCUCCUCUCUUCCUUGCUCACAUUGUUCACAUUUCUUCUGGAUAAAAAUGGCUGUUGAUAGAUGGUUAAAAAAAAAAGAAUAAAGAAAAAGCUUCCAAAAAGUGCUGUAAUUUUCAACAGUUGUACAUUAAUACAGAAAAUAGAAUUACUGAGAGAGUUUUUAAAACUGAAA